AUGCGGCCCUUCUCCAGGCACCCCUCGGCCUUGGCCGCCGCCUCCUUGCGCAGGUUCUGCCGCCAUCCGUCCUGCAGCAGCAUCUUCCCCACCACGUGGGCCGCGGGCCCUGCGCUUCUCCCACGUGCACCCACGCUGCCCCCGCGCUUCUCCUGGUACUUCAGGGCCUCCGGCUGCAGGUGCUGGCUGUCAAGGGUCUUCAUGCCCUUGGCCUUGGACAGCAGGUUCGUCCCUGCAUCUUGGCCUGAAGCUCCCGGCCCUGGGCCGCAUCCCCGUCCGGCAGCUGUUCCAGCCCAUCAGCCCCUUCACCUUCUGCCUCCUCUCCUUCCUGCGCUGCGCCUUGCGGGCCUUCUCCUCUUAUUGACUCCCCUCUACCUUCGUGAAGAGCCGCCCGGCUGGCCCGGCACCUCAGGGGGCCCCUUGGAGACCUUGGCGGCUUUCUCCUUCAUCCCCGGCUCCCUCCGGAUCCUCUACUUCCGGUCCCGCUCCUUCCUCAGCUACCUCCAGCAACUUUUCUCCAAAGAGGUGGGAAAGAGCUUCCUGGCGUUGCCCUGGCUGCGUGCCUCCCCUAUGUUCUCCUGCAGGCGCUGUCGCAGGACGUCCACGGCAAAUGAAGAGUCGGGCCCUGGGGCCAGGCCAUCCGCAGGGGCCGCAAUGGAGCUGAAGGCUGCCGCCUCCUUUUUCACUGCCACUGACUUCCUGCCCUGA